AUGGCAGCCUGUACAAUUUCAAGAUCAGUGAACGGUGGUCGAAAAGUCGCCAGACUUCAGGAGGUUAUAACGCGGCAUCUGAAAUCACAGAGCAGUGACCUGAAUCUUCAGUCUGUCUCAGCUUUACCGGGGAAACUUAAAACCAUUGAUGAUUUACCUGGACCCAGCCUGUCCACCACUGCUUACUGGCUCUUUGUGAAAGGGUAUGCGGAUAAAAGUCAUGCAAUGCAGGUGGAGCACAAGGGUCUGUACGGACCAAUCUGGCGCUCACGGUUCGGGCCAUUCAACAUUGUGAAUGUGGCAACACCAGAGCUUAUUUCCCAGGUCAUCCGCCAAGAGGGACGUUACCCAGUGCGCACUGCACUUCCACACUGGAAGGAGUACAGAGACAUGAGAGGCCAGGCUUAUGGGCUCCAUGUCAACAUGGGUGAGCCCUGGUACCGUAUGCGUAGUGCUCUGAACCCGAAGAUGCUGAAACUGCAGGAAGCAGCAGCAUACACGCCUGUUAUUCAUGCCGUGGUGUCUGACCUGCUAAAGAGAAUUGAGCGACUGCGUCUGCGCAGCGAGGACCACAGAACUGUGUUUGACAUCACCUCUGAGCUCUACAAGUUUGGCUUUGAAGGUAUUUCCUCUAUCCUGUUUGAAACACGUUUGGGCUGUCUACAGGAGGAGAUUCCUACAGACACGCUGCGCUUCAUCAAUGCAGCCAAUAACAUGCUAACUCUAUCCGAGAUCAUCCUGUUCCUCCCUCGUUGGACUCGGAACAUUUUUCCCUAUUGGAAGCAGUUCAUCCAGGCCUGGGAUGAUCUCUACGAUGUAGCACAAACUUUAAUAGACAGGAAGGUAAUGAAAAUGAAAGAGAAAGUACAUCAGGGUGAGAAGUUUGAGGGCAUGUACCUCACCUACCUACUCUCCAGUGGCAAGCUCACACUGGCUGAGUUGUACAUCACCAUCACAGAGCUGUUGUUGGGUGGAGUCGACACGACGUCCAACACCAUGUCAUGGACAUUGUAUCACCUUGCUCGAGAUCCAAAGGUACAAAAUCGUCUCUAUCAGGAGGUGACAUCUGUGUGUCCGGACAGGCAGCUGCCCACCACAGAUGAUCUAAGCAGAAUGCCUUACCUGAAAGCUGUCAUUAAGGAAACACUCAGAUUGUAUCCAGUCGUACCCGGUAAUGGGCGUCUCACUGUUGAGAACGAGGUUGUUGUGGGUGGUUACUGGUUCCCAAAAGAGACUCAGUUCCAUCUGUGUCAUUAUGCUGCAAGUCAUGAUGAGAAGGAGUUUCCUGAUGCUGAGCGGUUUAUUCCGGAGCGCUGGCUGAGGGGGGCGCACUCGUACUCCCAGCACCACCCGUACAGCUCCAUCCCAUUUGGGGUGGGAGUGCGUGCCUGUUUGGGAAAGAGGGUAGCUGAACUGGAGAUGUACUUUGCUUUGUCCAGGAUAUUGCAGCAGUAUGAGGUCCUCCCUCUGGAUGGAGCCCAGACUAUCCUGCCCAAAACCAGAACGCUUCUAAUUCCUUCUAAACCUAUCAACUUGCGCUUCAUCCCCCGUACCUGAGGAGAGCAUCAUUUACCAAUAAUAUAAUGAAAAGGUUAAAGCGGCUAUGCAUCUGCCAGCCACAACAAUAAAACC